UUUGCUAUGUUUUAUUAGUAGUUUUAUAGCUAAAGCAAUGGCUAAACGUACUGGACUAACACUGCUUUGUGUAGCUUUGUUCCUUGUGGCUGCUCACUGUAGUGAAAGAAGACGUGGUCCCGAUGAUUGUAAACCUGUAGUGGUCGCCCACAGAGGCGCAAGCGGAUAUGUGCCCGAACAUACCACUGGGGCUUAUGCUCUAGCGGUCACCAUGGGAGCCGAUUACGUCGAGCCUGAUGCGGUAAUGACAAAAGAUGGUCACAUUAUCGCUCGCCAUGAAAAUGAACUUAGCUUAUCAACGGAUGUUGCAGAACGCGAGGAGUUCGCAAACCGAUACAGAACACAAAAUAUCAAUGGAGUCCCAACGAGUGGAUGGUUCUCGGAGGACUUUACGCUCGCUGAAAUCAAGACGCUAAGAUCUAUAGAACGGAUACCGAAUAUAAGACCAGGAAAUGCUCGUAUGGAUGGAGCCUACGAUGUACCGACGUUACAAGAAAUUAUUGAUCUUGUGAGGGGCUUAGAAAUUAGUGAGAAUCGCACAAUCGGCAUCUAUCCCGAAAUUAAGCACAGCACUCAUUUCCAACGUAUCGGACUCGGUAUGGAACAACCCUUAGUUGAUAUCUUCCAUAACAACGGCUACAUUGGACCCGAUGCACCCGUAUACAUCCAAUCUAUGGAAGUCAACAACUUAAAGGAACUCAAAAAGAUUACUAAUCUAAGAUUGGUGCAACUAUUCGGAGCCAACAGAAACAGUUUACCUUUUGACCAGGCCGAACUUGGCACGGAUCUUACUUAUGGCAAAAUGGCAACUCCUGAGGGUCUGGCUGAAAUUGCGACCUACGCUUCAGCAGUGGGGCCAGAUAAGGGGUAUAUUAUUCCACGUGACGAAAACGACAACCUGGCAUCUGCUACGAGCUUUGUUGCAGACGCUCACAGAGUCGGCCUACAAGUCCAUCCGUAUACUUUCCGGUCGGAGAAUACCUACUUGCCUCGCGAAUUUAGAAGCAGCGAUGCCGAUCAUGAAAUCGGCGACAUGCAAAGCGAAUUGAGAGCUUUCAUAGAAGCAGGAAUUGAUGGGGCGUUUGUUGAUCAACCCGAUUUAUUGAAUCGGCUUCGAAACAAUUGCUGGAUUAUUAUUCCUCCUGUAUAA